UGAGAGCGAGUGGCUGGCUGGCGUUGGAAGCCAGGGCGCGUGCGCGCGCAGUCCAGAGUUUGGGCCGUAGUGGAGAGGUCUAUGGGGAGGUGUAGCGUUCCUGUGAGAAGAGAAUACUACGGGUCGCGUGGAGCCGGAGCUGCCCCCGGUGCUAGGCGGAGCGCGAGGCUGCUUUGGGCCCAGAAUCCGGCCUGGGAAUGCUCAGGCUCGAGCCACUUUAUAUCCUGGUCUGAACCACGCUCAGAGCAUUAAGGCAGCGGCAGCCACAGCCACAACUACGGCGGUGCUUAGUACGGCCGAGCUUUCCCGCCCCAAGAGCUAACUCAGCUUCCGACCUGGAACAAAAGAAGCUGGGAUGAGACCCGAGAGAUUGCGAACGGAAAGUGAAAGCAGGGCUGAGCGCAUUGAGGCUGUGACUGGAUGAGAAAUUGCACGCCUGUCAGCCAGUCCACCCGGCGCGGCCGAGCAUCCUGAGCCCUGAAAUGCAGUCCUGAGCAGGGUUCCCGAAGUAAGCUUUCCCCGGCGGUCCUCCGAGGGAUUAUCCCUGCCGCCAUGGCCAUAGCCCACCUGGCCACGGAGUACGUCUUCUCGGACUUCCUGCUCAAGGAGCCCACUGAACCCAAGUUCAAGGGUUUGCGCCUGGAGCUGGCGGUGGAUAAGAUGGUCACUUGCAUCGCAGUGGGGCUGCCGCUGCUCCUUAUCUCUCUGGCCUUCGCACAGGAGAUCUCCAUCGGUACACAGAUAAGCUGCUUCUCUCCUAGUUCAUUCUCUUGGCGCCAGGCUGCUUUUGUGGAUUCCUACUGCUGGGCAGCAGUUCAGCAAAGGCGUUCAUUGAGUAGUGAUUCAGAAAAUCUCCCAUUGUGGCUCCAUAAAUUUUUCCCUUACAUUUUGUUGCUGCUCGCCAUCCUGUUGUAUUUGCCUACUUUGUUUUGGCGUUUCACUGCAGCCCCUCAUCUUUGUUCGGAUAUGAAGUUUAUCAUGGAGGAGCUUGACAAAGUUUACAACCGGGCCAUUCAAGCUGUGAAGAGUGUUCGUGGCGUUGAUGUGAGAGAUGGUGCCAGCCCAUUUGUGGGUGUAAAUGAGAAUGUUGAGCAAAGUCUCUGGGAAAUAUCUGAAAGCCAUUUCAAAUACCCAAUAGUGGAACAGUACUUGAAGACAAAAAAGAACUCAAAGAAUUUAAUAGUCAAGUACCUCAUCUGCCGGGCUGUGACCUUCAUAAUUAUACUGCUGGCCUGUUUCUACCUGGUGUAUUAUUUCAGUCUCUCCUCCUUGUCUGAUGAAUUUGUCUGUAGCAUCAAGUCAGGAAUCCUGAAAAAUGACAGCACAGUUCCAGAGCAGUUUCAGUGUAAGCUUGUUGCAGUUGGGAUUUUUCAGCUUCUCAGCUUCAUUAACCUGAUGGUUUAUGCUCUUUUGGUGCCUGUGGUUGUAUACACAUUUUUGGUUCCCUUUAGGCAGAAGACUGAUGUUCUCAAAGUCUAUGAAAUCCUGCCUACCUUUGAUAUCCUACAUUUCAAGUCGGAAGCAUACAAUGACUUGAGCCUCUACUAUCUUUUCUUGGAAGAAAAUAUAAGUGAACUUAAGUCUUUCAAGUGUCUUAAAGUCCUGGAGAACAUUAAAAACAACAGUCAGGGGACUGACCCGAUACUACUCUUGUCUAACCUUGGGAUGAUCAAGACUGAUGUCAUAGAUGGUAAAACCUCCAAGCUCGCAAACAAAAAGGGAGAAGAACCUGGGAAUGAUGCAACAGAGCUCAACGUUUUGACAGAUCAGGAUACAAGCGAUGAAGCCAAAGCAAAUAAUGAAGAGAAGAGAAUUCGCCAGAGACUCCUAGAAUCUUCACAAUGACCUUUUCCUUCUAACUUUCAGUGUUGUGACUUUUAUGAUGAGUAGCAUCCCAAUUAUGGUGCAAGCCUUGUUGAUUAAAGAAAUCAAAAAAUCAGUCUCUUCGUCACCUUAUAUUGAGCCCAAGUCAUAAUAAGGGCACAUUUGGCGAGGGUGGCAAGGAACUGAUCUAGUGUUAGCACUGGGAUGAUGUCAAAGAUUUUCAGUAUUGUGACCAAAAGGCAAAGUCAUGGUGAUUUAAGAACAUCUUGAAUAAAUUACAUGAGAGCUAAGCAAGAUUGCCUCGAGUAUAGCUACCAGACCACUUUAUGCAUAAAUAAUAAAACAGUUAAGGUAUAAAAAGAAGUAGCACAAAUGAGAGAUCCAGAGAAAAGCAUUUCUGUAGAAGAUAAUGGUGAUCAAGUGCAGAUCAACAAGAAGAUAUGAACUUCCAGAUUAUAACAAUCAAGUGAGGAUAUUAAUGAAUAUUAAGCUCCUGGCAAUACUUAAUAAUUACUGUUGGACCACCACAAGAUAUAUAUGGAUGGCAAGUGGGUAGGAAAACUGACUUUCUCUUAAGUGUCUUAUUUUGGGGAUAAUACAAAUUAGACUAUUUUUAAAGUUUUUAUAUUAUGUUUUAGGUUUUUUUGGUAUCCUUAAUUUAAGCAGUUUCUAGAACUGACCAGUCAGAUGUCUUCAACAAUGGUUUGGUUUGGUUUGAAGGUUUUGGGGAACAAAUAUUGUUGUAAAACAGUCAUUUAAGUCAGGAAGUCCAAGAUGUAGGGAAAACUAAUCUGAAAAGAGUCUAGUUAAAAUAGAGACAAAAAUAACAAAUUAAGCCUACGUCUGGGUGACUCCAAAUACAACUUUGUUUUAAAAACCAUAACAUAGAAAUACAAACUGCCAAAGUAGAAAGAUAAAGGAAAGAACAUUUCAUAUUGCAAAGGGAACUCUAUCCCAAAAGGGAAUUCCUUCAAACUUGAACUCACUUAAUGUAUUUAAGUUUUGAUUGAAUUGAAAUGCAACUUGAAGGGACAUUUCUUUAACUUAAAAGUGAGAUAAAUUUGCGUUGUAUUUCUAUCAGAAAGCAGUAAAUAAUUCCUGACAAAAUAUAACACAUUAGGAAAGGAUUGAAAAUGUGGUACUGGUGUUAUUUAGCAUUUUCCCCAAAAAAAUUUUUAUACACAAUUUUAAAACAUAAUAAUAUGUACAGAUGUGCUAUAUACAGGAGGUACUUUCUUUCAGGUGAGAAUUCAAAGCUAUCAUGUAGAUCUUGUCACCACAGAAAUUUUUAAUGUAAAUCCUUUUAAAGAUUGCAUUUUCUCAUUGGGAUCUUAACCGUUAACUAUGUUUAUAGAAGUGAAUAGUGGUUCUUAGCUGAGCAAACUUGAAUCUUCACUAGUCAGUCAUAGUUGUUUAUCCAGUGUAGUUAUUUAUGCGACAGUUGUAGAAGAUCAUAUCAUAGUAUCUUUUUCUCAUAGUUUUUUAAAAAAUUGAUAGAUUUUUCUGUAACUGGAGUUUGGAAAUAGCUGAAGUGAAUUAAGAAGUCAGUGUUAAAAAUCUUUUUUUCUGUUUCAUGAUACUUUUUGAGUUUGUAUUACUACCUUUUGGAAUGUAUUUCACUGUGACCUUAGACAUGUUGACAACUUGGUUUCCUUAUGCUAUAUUAGCAUAAAUGUCUUCAUACCAGAGAUACUCAAGCCCAGAUUUUUUGAUGUUGGGCGCAUGAUUUAUAGUGUGAAUAUGUUUGUUUAGAGAAUCCUGUGUGUCCCCCUCAUGCAGCCUGUUUUAGUAAAGUUUUAAAUACCAACAUAUUGCCCUUACUGAUAGCUCUAGGUUCUCUGGGACUAGUAAGGGAAGGAAGUGAUCUAGCUAAAUGUUCUGGAUUUGGAGUCAGGAGAAAUACUAAUUGGGUGAUUCUGGACAAAUCACUUAAUCUUUUUCAUCCUCAAUUACCUCAUCUGUGAAAUGGGUAUCAAAAUUUCAUAAUGUUAAUAAUAAUAUCUCACUGUGCUGUUGAGACAAAGGAGGUAACAUGUUAAAUGCUAUGUAAAUCUUAAAAUAGGUGUUGGUAUCCUGUGGUCCGUUUCACAAAUGUGUCACCUCUUUUUUUUUUUUUUGUAUAACCCAUGGACCAAGAAUGGUUUUUACAUUUUUGUUUUCAUAUAUAAAAUGAAUAAAAAUAUAAGAAAACAAUUUUUAGCUCUCAGACCAUACAAAAAUAGGAAGGGUUGGCUAGAUGGAUUUUUACUUUAAACCACUCUGCCUAAUGAAUGUUGCUAUUUUAUCCACUAAUAUAACAGGUGUUCUUUUGUUAUAUUUGGUCAUUUUGAAACUUUUUGUUAGGAUUACUACAAUUAACUUUUUUUGAAUUUUGCUUUCCUUUAUUUCUUUUUGACCAUUUUCUGGCCAGAAGUGCUAAUGAGUAAGAGAGAGGAAGAGAGAUUGGAAGAAGAAAUGAAAAGGUAGAAGAAAAGAUCUCUCUUAACCUAUCUCCAAGUGGGUUAAAUAGUUCUGGUAGCUGACUUCAUUACAUCUAUAAAAAGGCCAUCUCCACACUGUGUAGAGAUUCUUUACCAUUUAUGGAAGCAGCCCUCAUCCCUUCCAUAAUUUUCCCAGGGUCCCAUAUAGUUUGACUGGCAACACAGGAUCUUGUCUAGCGACAGUUUUCUAGCCAAUCUUGAUUCAUAAGUUUCUUUAAGUCUAGAGUUGGAAGAGACCUUAGAAGUCACAGAAGAAACUAAGACCCAGAAAUCUAGGUGACUUCCUCAGGGUCAUCCAUUAAGUUUGAACUCAGGUCUUCUAACACCAAGAUUAGAUCUCUUUCCAAUUGGAUGAUUCCAGUUGGCAGUAGAACAACAAAAUGAUUUUUUUCCUUACGAAAUUCUUGUAUAUUUGUGGGAAAUCUUUGAAUAAAAUCCGGUAUAAAGCUCCUCCAGUUGAGGAGAAGUCAGCAAUGACUGCAAGUUGUGGCUAAGUUCCUGACAUUUUGAUCUCAUUCUCUUCUUGAGGAAAUGGAAUAGUUAUUGUGGCAUAAGGUUCUCCUAUCAUAUGAGACUUCCUACAGGGGAAGAUAGCUUAUUUACUCUUUUAUAAAAAGGAAACAAUUAGUCCCUUCUAUUGUUAUCUUCAACUCUAGAUCAGAGUUUUUAAACUGGGUUCAUAAAUCUAGUGAGGUUUCUUAAUUGAUAAUGGAUUUGAAUACAAUUGGUUUCCUUGACAAUCCUCUGUAUUUUAUUUUAUGCUCUUAAAAAUGUUUUUCCAAGAAAGAAAGCCAUAGGCUUUGCCAGAUUCCCCAAAAAGUCUACCAUAUAACAAAUGAUUAAGAACUUUUACUAUAGCUUUACUUGAUUUGGUCUAGCCUCUAAUCCCUCUUUUCCCAAUCCUUCUUGGAAUAUAUCAUUUUUUGGACUUGGGAUCUGAAUAUCAUUGGUGUGAAGAAUUCCUUCCCCAGAUGCAGACAACUAACUUAAAUGUAUAAUCUUUAAAAGUUGUCUGUGGGCACAGAAGGGCUAAGUGCCUUACUCAUAGUCACAUAGCCAAUAGGUUCUAAAGGCAGGGCUGUGUCCAUAUCUUCUUAAUAUCAAGGUGUAUAAACUCUAGUAUACUUUUUCAGCACAGGACCUACAAAAAUCAAGCCAGACAUAAUAUUGUUACAGAAAAAUAACUGAAAAAUAGCCUGACCAUCCUGGCAACGAACUAUUCAUGUUACUCCAGCACUUUAUUAAUCCUGUGAGAUAAUUCUUUUAGUAUCAUUACUUCCACCCCCAUUUUAUAGAUGAUGAAACUGAGACUCGAAUAUUAAGUUGACUUUUCCAGGUCUCACCUAGCUCCAAAUUCAAUGGGAUUUCCGAUGUAAUACAGCAACAAAUAAUUCUGAAUAAGUAACAAAGUUUGUGCUUUUCUGAAGGGUGGAUUAUACCCAGUUACAAGCAAUUUCUGUGGCUAAAACCUAUGUGAAUUUUUAUGUAUGCAAGACAUUGGAAAGGUUCUUUGACAAAUACGGUCUUUGUAAUUAUAUCCUAAUACCAACACUAUCUACAUCAUCUUAAAACAUGGAGGACCAUCUUAUUUGGAUGAAUUAACUCUUGUCAAUCUUUGAGUGAACUCUCUUGGUUUAAACAGCUUAAGUUACUAGCUUGAUCGAACAAGGGAAAUAUAAGAAUGAGUAGAAAUGUAUUAGAACCAUGAUACCCUUGAUAGAGAAUCAAAAGACUUCUUCCCUAAAAAAAGAAAAAUAGUCUUUUGUUUUCUUAGAGGAGACUUUUUUCUUUUUCUGAUAAAAUAGUGAACUUAUCCUGAAAAGGUGAAUAAUUGUCCUUUACCUUUCCUCUCCCUGGACUUCGGGAAUAUGAAUUUGAUAAUGUUUGUAAAAAAAAAAAAAAAAAAAAAAA